GUCAAAUCAUAACAAACCACGAAAGAAGUAAAUACAUGUUAAAUAACACUCUUUAAUAGUUCGUUUAAUGAGCAACAACUUUUACGGUAUACUAACUUUGUAAUGAGCCAAAUCGAAUCGUGAUAGAAUAGCUUGUUUUCGGUGUAGUGUUAAUAUAUAAUCAAGGUUUCUAAUGUUAUAAAUAAUAGUAGCGUUUUAAUGACUUUUUGUGGGGGCGUUUAAAAGUGACAUUUUCAUUUGGGUACCUAAACCAAAAUGUUUUUAGAGUGACAAGGCCUUUUAUUAAUUAAAACGGCCGGUAUUAGCCGUGGAAAACAGUAGUUAACCUAAAUUUUGACAUUUGACAGCUGCCACCUCAUCUGUAAACUACUGAUAUUAUUUAAUGAUUAAUUAAAAUGGCUUUAGAGAGCGGUACAAUUGGGAUGGACGCACCUCCUGCGUUCAUUGAAGCUUUACAAAAUGAUUUUAAGAUGCUCUCAGUUGAGACUAAGAAGAAAUAUCCCCAAAUUAAAGAGUCAUGUGAAGAAGCUAUUGUGAAACUUCGUAAUGCUAAUUCAACACCUCAACAACCUUUAUAUUACAUUAUUAACCAAGUUAUGUAUCCACUUGUUCAAGGCUGUGAAUCAAAAGAUGUAAAAAUAAUUAAAUGUUGUUUACAAAUUAUUCAAAGAUUAAUAAAGCAACAAGUAGUUGAUCCAAAAGGUGCCAGAUACAUAACAGAUACUUUAUGGACCUUGAUGGAGUCUGGAAUCGAAGAAGUUAAAGUUUUACAAUCAGUAACUUUAUUGCUUACAACUAAUACAGUUGUGCAUGGAGAAACAUUGGCUAAAACUUUGGUACUUUGCUUUCGACUCCAUUUCGCAAAAAAUUCAACGACAAUAAACACAGCCGGCGCGACUGUGAGACAAUUAGUUUCCUUGGUAUUCGAACGCGUCGUCGCCGAAGAUGAACAACUUAGUAAAUCGAACAAUUCGAAUCAACCCAGACAAGUAAACCUUGAAGAAUUAAAAACUCCGAGUGGGGUACCACCAAAAGGUUUACCACCAUGUGCAGCUGAUGCCUAUUUACUGUUUCAAGAUUUAGUACAAUUAGUAAACGCCGAUCAACCGUAUUGGUUAAUAGGAAUGACGGAAAUGACUCGAACGUUUGGUUUGGAAUUACUGGAAUCCGUUUUGACUCAAUUUUCAAAAGUGUUUUUUAAAAAUGCUGAAUUUGGUUUUUUAUUAAAAGAAAGAGUGUGCGCUUUAGUAAUAAAAUUAUUUUCUCCGAACAUAAAAUACAGAAGCACCGUGCCGGCCAAUGUACAAUCUGCCACACCGUUUGAUAAGCCUUAUUUUCCAAUCAGCAUGCGUCUCUUACGCGUCGUUUCUAUUUUGAUACAGAGAUACCACGUACUUUUAGUUACAGAGUGCGAAAUAUUUUUAUCAUUAAUUGUCAAAUUUUUGGAUCCUGAUAAACCAACAUGGCAACGAUCUCUAGCGUUGGAAGUCUUACACAAAAUGACCGUUCAACCCGAACUUUUAAAUUCAUUCUGCGAAUGUUAUGAUAUUAAAAAACACACAACUAGUAUUUUUCAGGAUAUUGUUAAUUCUUUGGGAGCGUAUGUCCAAUCGUUAUUUGUUGCCCCACAAAUUCAUAUGACUAGUAGUGUGCCUAUAACACAAGGUCAGCACCCAACAUUUAAUCUUCCUUCAGGACCUGGAGUUAGCCCACCACCAGGUUUUUUAUCACGAAAUGUUUGGCUACCAAUAGUCAUAACAUUUGCUACAGGACAAACGAAACCAAUAUAUUUGGAAAUGUUGGAUAAAAUUGAGCCGCCAACGAUCCCCGAUGGAUAUGGUAUAUCAGUAGCUUACGGUUGUUUGUUAGAAAUAGUUCGUUCACUUCAUAUAACGAUAGUUCCACAACCACUUCCUGAUGAAGAUAAUCCACCUCAACAAACUCCGAAUACUGCGGAUAGAGAGCUUCAUACUCAAUUGAUUAAUUCUAGUUGGUGCGGGCUUUUGGCUGCGUUAAGUCCAUUAAUUGAAGCGAGUACUGAUGAAGCGGUUACUGAAAGUAUUUUAAAAUGUGUGCAAACUUACGCCUCGCUUUGCGGGUUAUUAGAACUUCCUACAGCUAGAGAUGCAUUUAUUACCGCGAUUUGUAAGGCAUCGCUUCCGCCACAUUAUGCCUUGACCAUUUUGAACACUAUAACACCGAAUAUUAAUUUGAGGCAACGAUCCGAUAGCGAUGUGUCCGGUCAAUUUACAACGUCUUAUGGGGAAGUUGAUUAUCGGCAACAAGUUGUUGCUGUUGGAACUCCAUUACCUACUUCAGCAGUACCUGCAGGUGCUUCUCAAGGACCUGUAAUGUUAACGGCAAAAAAUUUACAAGCGAUGAGAGCUUUGUUAAGUCUAGCUCAUUGCCAUGGGAGUAUUUUAGGUUCAUCUUGGCACUUGGUGUUGACCACAUUGCAACAUUUAGUGUGGAUACUCGGUUUAAAACCGUCCACAGGUGGGAGUUUAAAAGCAGCAAAGAAUUUGAUAGAGCCAAGCGCGGUUAUAAGUUCUGUAAUGGCGGAUCUUCCGGUUUUAUCAGCCAUGUUAAGUAGAUUGUUCGAAUCGAGUCAAUACCUAGACGAUGUCGCUCUGCAUCAUUUAAUAAACGCGUUGUGUAAAUUAUCUCAAGAAGCUAUGGAAUUAGCGUCAACAAAUAGAGAACCAUCUUUAUUUGCUGUCGCUAAAUUAUUAGAGACGGGUUUAGUAAACAUGAAAAGAAUCGAGGUCCUUUGGUGUCCAUUAACUAAUCAUCUGUUGGAAGUUUGUCACCAUCCCCACAUUCGAAUGCGCGAAUGGGGAGUCGAAGCCAUCACAUACUUGGUUAAAGCGGCGUUACAUUUCAAACACUCCGUUCCGUUGCGUGAUAAUCAAAAGCUUCAAACGCUUCUCUUGGGACCGUUGGCUGAACUUUCCAACAUACGACAAGCAGAUGUUCGUCAAAGACAACUCGAAUGUGUGUUGCAAAUUUUACAUGGAGCCGGCGAAACUUUGUCGCACGGAUGGUCCUUAGUUUUAGGAAUUAUUGGUGCCGUUUCAGAUCAUCAAGGGGAGAAUUUAAUAAAAAUAGCUUUUCAAUGUUUACAAUUAGUAAUAACGGAUUUUUUACCAGUGAUGCCAUGGAGAUAUUUGCCACUUUGUGUAAAUACUGUUGCUAAGUUUGGAUCGCAAACGCAGGAAUUAAAUAUAUCGUUAACUGCAGUCGGAUUAAUGUGGAAUAUUUCCGAUUAUUUUCAUCAAAAUCAAGCAAAGUUGAGUCAAACGUUAACUGAAGAUACGACAGUUUUGCCUGAAUUUCCGGGUACGAUUAAUAUGCCUAGUUUUGAUAAGUUAUGGAUGUGUUUGUACGCGAGGCUUGGUGAAUUAUGCGUGGACCCCAGGCCUGCCGUAAGAAAAUCUGCGGGUCAAACGCUAUUUUCGACGAUAAGCGCGCAUGGAAAUUUGUUAAAACAAGGAACAUGGCAAGCGGUUGUUUGGCAAGUACUUUUCCCAUUACUUGAAAAGGUAAAAACAUUAUCAACAACGGCCAGUUCCGAAAAAGUAGACGCUGGUGGUAACAUAUUGAUUCAUCACACCAGAAAUACAGCACAAAAACAAUGGGCGGAAACACAAGUGUUAACACUAUCGGGUGUUGCGCGUGUUUUUAAUACAAAAAGGCAAUUGUUGCAAGCUUUAGGCGAUUUUCCUAGGGCUUGGUCGAUUUUAUUAGAAUUUAUAGAGAACGCUGCGUUAAGUAAGAACAACGAAGUCUCAUUUGCGGCGUUAAAAUCGUUUCAAGAAGUUUUAUACGGUAAUAAAUCGCAAACUAAAGAAAAUAAAUUGAAUGGAAACGAUGAUAUUUGGACGGUCGGAUGGAAAGUUUGGUUAAAAAUAGGAACUGAAAUAUAUAUACCGUCGGAAAAAGAAAUAAACGACGAUGUUUAUAUUCCAAAUCAAGCAUAUUUAACGGCUUUAGUUCAAAUAUUUCCUAAUAUAUUUCAGUGUAUUAAAACUAAUUUUAACAUAGAUGAUUUACGUCAACUUUGUAAGGUUUUAAAUAACAUUGUUAAUGUACCAAUGUACAGUGACAAUUCGCAGUAUUUAUUAGCCAACACAUCGGAAUUUAGUUUGUCAAUUUUACACGAUGGCGUUUUACACGCCGUCGAUCUAAUACAAAAAGAAGCUCUCGCAAGGAACAACUACAAAAUGAUAGCGGACAUUUUAAAGCAAUACCUUGCUUUUAGCAAAUUCAUAUGCAACCCGCCUUCACACAAAAUCGAAUCAAAACAUGUAAAAAUUUCCCCCGAAUGGAUCGUGAUGAAUUACAUACCAUUUGGUGAAAAAGCACUGACAAUGGCGGUGAAAUUGUAUGAAAAAACAGCCGAUAAUGUUGAUAUAAUCGACAACAAUAUUCUUCACGAAAUGAUACUCGCCUUACACGUUCCUUUAUCAAUGAAAUACAAUUGUAUAUCGAACAGUAGUUGGAAAUUGGCCACUAAUAGUUUGAUAACUGUAUUAAAAGUUGGAUUACCAGUUGCUAGAUGUAACGGUAAUAGGUUUCACUCGAUGUGGAAACAAUUAGCUGAAACACUCAACGAAUUUUUAUUUCCAAAAACUUGUCCUCCAAGCGAUCGUGGUUUAGAUGAAUUUGUAUCAGAUGAAACGUCCGAUUGUCAGCUAAUCGAAUUAUUAUGUACACAAGUUCUUCCAUAUUCAUCAAGCAUUCCGAAAGAUUUCAUAUUGAAAGUGGUUGUAUUAUUAAAUAAAGGUUCCAUACAUUCAGCGACGAAUAGUAACAUUGAUUCCGAGACUGAGUUAACUCUUCGCGAAGAAUUUGCUAAGACUUGUUUUGAAACGCUUUUACAAUUCUCGCUGAUUGAUGACGAUAGUCAAGCUUUAGUAAUGACUGCUGAUGAAAAUAGUACGGGAGUCGCCGGGAGAUUAGCCGUAACAGCAUUGCUACAUCGUUUUCAAGAGGUUUUGAAAAAAUUCGUUGACGAUGAAAAACACAGCGGAAAAUGUCCUUUACCUCGAUAUCGCUUAUCCGAGGUUUCUUUUGUAUUAAAAGCCGUCACUACGUUGAUUAUUUCAAUGAAGAAAGCUUCAAUAGGAAAAGAAGAUAUGGCAUCUUGGGAACAAUUAAUAAACAUCUAUCCGUAUUUAGUGGAAUGUACUACUACUACGUCACCUCAAGUAUCCAGGCCUUUACGCGAGGCUCUUUUACAAUUCUGUGAUUUAUUACAACCCCCCAGUAAAGUUGUGUCAAACGGGGUUAAAGACUCCGUUACGUAACGUACACGUGUCAUUGUUUUCUUUUAAUAUUCGCACGUAAAUAAACGUUAAGGUAUCAGAUUUAAACUAGAUUGCUGCCAGGUGUAGUGCGAUCUAUUAAUUAUUAUUAUUAUUACUCACGUUUAUGCAUUAUUUCAUUGUACUUUCCAUGUGAUUUGUUUUUAAUUAAUAAAUUUUACAGUUACUAUAUCUUUU